CAGCUUCGAAUUUAUCUAGACCUGCUUUAUUAUCUUAUCGGCUAUUAGUGCCCUUUAUUUUACGAGUCUGAGGUAAAUGUUAGGCGUGCCCGAAAGUGUUACUCCCUGUUACUUUUGUGUUAUGAUUUUUCAUUGGAAAUUGAGGAGUGUUGUGAUAAAUUUGUGAGGAAAGUUGGAAAGUGGAACGGUUUUGGAUUUUAAAUAGCGAAGGAAAUAAUAAUAAUACUUAAAGUACGUUUUUUUGAUAACACAAGCCAUGUUAUGGUUAGCACUAUUGCUGGCGGCCGCCUCAUGCAGCGUUCACGCUCAGCUUAAUGCACAGUCCAGCGUUGCGCCAGAUCUCCGAGAAUGCUACACUGCCCCCUACUUAGUCGAUAGAAACAACCUCCCACCUACUACAUUACAAGUUCUAAUAGAUAUUAUACAAAAGAUCGAAGACGAUCCCAAUGUCAACGUAGAUUUAAGACAACUAGUUUUACUGCUACUGCACACAUACAAACAAGAUGGUAUUGAAUUUCAUCAGCCAGAGUCUAAUUUAGUAUUAUCGUCAAACGUGCUCCCAUUUGCUCCGACAUUUCAUUCUUUUCAUCGCCAUCGGCUUCUAUUGUCUCGAAUUCUACCAAAUAAUUUACUAACCCUAGGAAACAACACCCUGAAUCCCAUUUUAAAAUGUGCGUUGCACCAUAUGGUUUCCACAACGGUAGAUGCACGUGUUAGAGGAAAUGAAAACAACUGCAACAGACUUUCACAGUAUCGAGCUCUGAGAACAGUUCGAGAUAUUCCAAGUUAUCUCAAAAUUAGGGAUGACGUUGAAAUUUUAAAUUUAGAUUCUGUAAGAUCAGCAAAUACCAAUGGUAAAAUGAGGCAUUACAAUCCCAAAGAUGACGUUGUAUUCAAUACAAACUCUGCGGCUGCUUUAAAGUAUGAACGUCAAGUGUUGGGAGACAGCCAAUGCCCAUUGUUAGAUGGGGCUGUAUACACUAAGUGGGGUGCAAUAUCAGCAGGCCAUGUCCUGUCUGGAAUCGCUGCAGGAGCUCAAUUCCAAAGAAUACCAAUCACAGAACUAGCCAAAGGAUCAUUGGUGAACUUUCCAAAUGUUCAAACGACUGUUUCAUCAAUAUUUGCCAGCACACUAUCAGGUGACUUAGCAGAAGCUGUUCUUAUACAAGGAACAGAAACAGGAAGUUCAACUAUAUCUGUUGGUCUUGCCGGCAACUGGAACACUACACAGGCUCCAAGAUUCUAUAUGUUAAACAAUCGCGUUAACGUCGAGAUGACUGAUCCUGAAAUCAGCGGAGAUAUAGACGGUUUUGUGCUCGGGACUUUACUAAACACUGAAUUAUCUGGAUCGGGGACUAUAAGACUUUCACAAUUGCUCGACAUGUACUACAGUGAGAGGAAUGGUGUCUUCAAUCCGGACAGAAGAGCAUGUAAUCGACGUCAGUUGAGCCAAGAUUUUAUUGACAGGAGUACAUUAGUGGAAGAGACUUAUGCGUUUACAGCAGCUUUAGAUACUAACAUGCCACUACGGGGUACCAUUGUUGGAGGGAUCAGUGAGCUUGUUAACAGUGCUGUUACUAACUUCCAAAGUUAUACCACAAACAACUUAAACAACCUCAUCUGUGAAACAACGGAGGUAACUGCCAGCUUCUUCAGGAUGAAAACAAAUUUGAUGUUAGUUGUGGAUUCGACGUGGCAGUACCAGACCAUAUAUCCUGCCAUAUCGUACCUCCUGGACAGUAUAGAAGUGGGGAAGUAUGGUUCCAGCAUCACACUGUUGAAUGCUUUUAACGGAGAUGUAGUUGUCAACAAGACCUUCUCAUUGGCUGAUUUUCACUCGAAUUACACACAAGCUGUUCAUCAAAAUAUCGUCAAUGGAGUAAAUCUUGAGAAUACUUUGCUAAAUAUUCGUACAACGAUGCUGAGUGAGUUGGAAAAUGAGAAAACUGCAAACUACGUCGGUGGAAAUUCAACAGUACUAUUGUUUUUAUUGAAUGCAGGCAAUAUACAGAACAAUCAACAAAUAUUAGAACAAGUCCGAAUGUUAAAUGAAACUGUUCCGGAUCUCAGGAUAUUUUUUGCGACUUCGUCAAAUCAGUUUGACAAUCUAUGGAAUUUGGUGAGGGAUAUGCAUAACGAUAUUAGAGUAAUAUCGCUUAACUCAGAUGGCACAAAUGUAGCUAGCAUUAUGAACCCAGUUCUGCAAAGGAUACAAUCAGUUGGCAGAAGAAUAGUAAACUCAAACUGCGGCUCUGUUUACGAUUCACAAUCAGAGUCUGGUAUUCGACAAUUCGAUGACUAUUUGGAGCCGGGAUACACUAAUUACUACUCAAUCAGUCCCAACUACUUCUUCCGUAAUCAUGACAAUAGAAAAGUCCGGAUUUCCCGAACCGGCGCCGGUGUUGGAAGCCUGAUCAUAUGCCAGUCCAGGACAGAUCCUAUGCCAAGACAAAACACCACAACUUCAAGCGCUGAUGAAAACGCAAUAAUAUGCCAGACUUUGGCAACUGGUAGUGUCGAAAUAAGUUUACGAGGGGCCUGUGAUAAUUACUGGAGAAUCGUUGAAUGUCCGUUCUUCUUCAUUUCUGUUCAGUCCAGUGUGGCGGCUACUACCACCUUAAGUUCAACGUGCACUGAAAGGGCAUGUCGUUUCCCGUACAACAUACGCUACCAGGUGCAAAUAGAAGAUUUCGGAUGCUUCAGCCAUGCAGGAAGAUUUAAUUUAAGCUUUUCACUAAUUAUAUCUGCCAUUUUAUUCUAUUUGCUCAAACUGUAGAAAUAGCUGUUAAAACAACAGAAUAUUUAUUAAUAAGUAUUUCUGAGAACUAGUUUUGUUUAAAGGAAGUGUACUUUAAGUAUAAUAAUAUAUUUUGUUUAUACAAUAAAUCAUAUUUUUUAAAU